UUGAAACAAGGCUAUAAGAGAAAUCGCCCUCGUCAGGGCGAACCACGUCUACAGAUCCUCCAGUGGAAUGCUGGAGGGAUGUCGCAGGACAAAAAGAUCCAAGUCCAGCAGUGUCAGUGGACGGGAAUGUCUCCGGACAAAAAGAUCCAAGUACAGAAAAUCCUAAAAAUGUCACAGGACAAAAAGAUCCAAAAAGCCAUAGAACUGAAGAAAGAAUUACAAAUCGAUGACAAACCAAAAAGCCUCUCUCUCCCCAUGAACCCAUUAGCAGACACUGAUGUAGUGUGUUGCACCAAACUGCUUGACUACUUCAGGAAAACAAACACCCCUCCAGAACAAAUGCGCUCACUAGCCCUUGAGACAAUCAAUGUCAACUAUCCUGCAGAUCAAUGGCUCCAAGUCUUCACUGAUGGUUAUUACAUAGAAAAUCAAGCAAACGCCAGUGCAGAUGUCUAUUCUGAACUCUUCUCUUUCUACGCAGCAGUGGGACACAAUAGAUCCGCUUUUGAAGGAGAAAUAGAGGCCAUUAGGAUAGCACCAUGA